CGCUCUCGGCAAGGCCUCUGCCCGCCCCUGCCGCCCGCGCCCCCGCCCCGCCCCGCCGCCUGCCCCCGCCCCUCGGGCGCCUCUGCCGCGAGGAGGGCGCGAGCCCGGAGUCCCCCAGGGCCCCGCCCGGAUCCCGCCGACUUCGGGCACGAAUGGACUGUCCCCGCCAUCGCUGCUGAGGCACCCCUGUCUGGCGCCUCCCGACAUCCGAAGGCGUCCUCGGCCGCCCUCGUGCGUACGGCCCCACUAGCCCACUUCCCGACUUUCCCCGCCGCCACCGACUCUUACACCCUGGGCGGGUACUGCGAGAACACUCCUCUCCCAACUCUUUUCGGUGCAGAGCUGGGCGGGACCAUCACGCAGCCCGGGCUGCUAAGCCCUGAUCCUGGGGGCUCCGGAGAGCAGCCUCAGACCAGGGCUCCGCCCAGGACUCCGCCCAGACUCUAUUCCUCUCUUGGACGAGGAUCGACGUGUUUACCUGCCUCUCCCGCGCCCAGCACGAGUGGUGCUUAGGAACUGUUGAGUCACCCACCAUUGCCACAAUCCUCCCCACCAUUCUGGGGCUCCUGGAGCAUAGCGGUUGUCACAGUCCUCCCUCAGACAGUCCCAACCCUCUUCUGGCUCCUUGGAGGCUGGGGCGGGAAAGCCUGCGGAUUUGCCCAGACAGCUGGGGUGACCCUCUCUCCAGGGCAGCGGCCUAGGGUAGUUGCGGCUUCUGGCCACUAGGUGUCAGUCUGUCCUCACUGUGACUCGGGACCAAGCCCGCAUCCACUGGAGAGAGGUAGGCAGUUGUUCUGCAGAGCGGGAUCAGCAGACCGGAAGAAAAGGAGCAGCCCCAGAGGCUGUGCGGGAGUGAAGGGGUGUGUGCUUUCGGGAGGUGGGAGUAGACAACGCGGGCAAACUGUGGGGACUAGGAGAACGGUGUUUCAGCGGGGGGGAGGGGAGCGGCGGGGGACAGAAACCCAAGCUCCAAUACCCAGGCACCUAACCCUUUUGGGUGUUUGUUGCCUUCCCUGAUGGUCCCAGGGUUACACAUUAACUCCUAUAGGUCUCCAGGGUCACUCAAGGCCCAUUCGGUUACUAAGUGAUAGCACGAAGUAAUGUCUGGUGUCAGCCUUUUACCCCCUGCACUCCCCUCUUUGCUAACCGCCAGCCGACUCCGGUCUGAGCCAGUGACCGCAGGUUCCCUCCGCUCAUUCCACGUAGGCUAGUUUGGGGCGGAGCGGGGCGGGGCCAAAAAAUAAACACUCUUCUCUCGCUUUCCUCGCCCAUUCAGAAAUAGAAACAUUAGCGAAGGACCACCUCCCGAAUACUGAAAUUUUAUAACUCCCGUAGAGCAGCAGGCGUCGUGAAGAAGUCAGGGUUUAAUUCAUCCUGGUCGAAACCCUAGCAGCGAUACUAGACAGCCCAUUAUUUCUGGACAGAAGCGUGGACCCCUCUCUGGGUUUUCCUCCACCAAGACGCUAGAAGUUUUGAGUAAAGGACCGAGUUUGCCUACGGCAGCGUUUUGCACGGGUCCUGAGACGCCUAGAGCACGGAGCUCAGUAGCUGGUACAACCAAGAGAUCACGUCAGGUACUCUUCAGGUGCAUCAGUUUGUCCAACUAACUGGGGCUUUCCCGGUCCCUCCCUCGGUUCGGUUUUGGUGGUUUAUCCUUUACGUGCCAAUCAGGGAACCCCUUUAUCUUUCUGAAGUAGUGCCAACUCCUGCUGGACAGCGGGGACUGUAUGGAUCUUCGCUUUCCACUCGCAUUAGACCUUUGGAGGGACAGUCUUGUUUUUGCGGGAUAACAUAAGUGGGCGCCUCAUCGCUCCAGUCUACCUACCUAUGCCCAAGUCACGCGUGGGCAAGGUGGCUGGUACGGUUCUGAGUACUGAAGGACUCGUCAAGAAACCCAGAACUAUUCUCUGAUCCCUCAUUGGGGAAACACGACUUAGCCUCCAGGUUGAGUUAACCGAGAAAGACGCCGGACUUCACAGAGGACCCUGUCUCGCCGGCUCCGCCCAGCAAAAGUUUUGCAGCCAGGGGGAGGAGUUCCCAGAUGGGAGGGUCCGCGCACGCGCCGCAGGGGGAUUCCAGAAGCGUAACUGAGGAAUGAGAUGGAGAAGUACGAGCGGAUCCGAGUGGUGGGAAGAGGUGCCUUCGGGAUUGUGCACCUGUGCCUUCGAAAGGCAGAUCAGAAGCUGGUGAUCAUUAAGCAGAUCCCAGUGGAGCAGAUGACCAAAGAGGAGAGGCAGGCGGCCCAGAACGAGUGCCAGGUGCUGAAGCUGCUCAACCACCCCAAUGUCAUCGAGUACUAUGAGAACUUCCUAGAGGACAAGGCCCUCAUGAUUGCCAUGGAGUAUGCACCAGGUGGCACCUUGGCGGAGUUCAUCCAGAAGCGCUGCAACUCCCUGCUAGAGGAGGAGACCAUCCUUCACUUCUUUGUGCAGAUCCUGCUUGCACUGCAUCAUGUGCACACACACCUCAUCCUGCAUCGGGACCUCAAGACCCAGAACAUCCUUCUUGACAAACACCGCAUGGUUGUCAAGAUCGGCGACUUCGGCAUCUCCAAGAUCCUCAGCAGCAAGAGCAAGGCCUACACGGUGGUGGGUACCCCAUGCUACAUCUCCCCUGAGCUGUGUGAGGGCAAGCCCUACAACCAGAAGAGUGACAUCUGGGCUCUGGGCUGUGUCUUAUAUGAGCUGGCCAGCCUCAAGAGGGCCUUCGAGGCUGCAAACUUGCCAGCCCUGGUGCUGAAGAUCAUGAGCGGCACCUUUGCACCCAUCUCUGACCGGUACAGCCCUGAGCUACGCCAGCUCGUCCUGAGUCUGCUCAGCCUGGAACCUGCACAGCGACCACCCCUCAGCCACAUCAUGGCGCAACCCCUCUGCAUCCGGGCCCUUCUCAACAUCCACACCGAUGUGGGCAGCGUGCGCAUGCGGAGGGCAGAGAAGUCCCUGACCACAGGACCACCUAUGGCCUCUGGCAGCACAGGGAGCAGGACCACCAGUGCCCGAUGCAGGGGUGUCCCCCGGGGACCUAUGAGACCGGCUAUCCCACCACCACUGUCUUCGGUCUACGCUUGGGGUAGUGGCCUUAGCAUCCCCCUGAGGUUGCCAAUGCUCAACACGGAGGUGGUCCAGGUGGCCGCCGGGCGCACGCAGAAGGCUGGCGUUACACGCUCUGGACGCCUCAUCCUGUGGGAGGCCCCACCCCUGGGAGCUGGAGGUGGCACACUCCUUCCGGGAGCGGUGGAGCUGCCUCAGCCCCAGUUCGUCUCUCGUUUCCUGGAGGGCCAGUCAGGUGUGACCAUCAAGCAUGUGGCCUGCGGGGACCUGUUCACUGCUUGCUUGACAGACCGAGGCAUUAUCAUGACGUUCGGCAGCGGCAGUAAUGGGUGCUUAGGUCACGGCAACCUGACUGACAUCAGCCAGCCCACCAUUGUAGAAGCCCUGCUGGGCUACGAGAUGGUACAGGUGGCCUGUGGGGCCUCUCAUGUGCUGGCCCUGUCCACAGAUGGAGAGUUAUUCGCCUGGGGGCGAGGAGAUGGUGGUAGGCUGGGACUAGGUACCAGAGAGUCCCAUAACUGCCCUCAGCAGGUGCCUGUGGCCCCAGGACAGGAAGCUCAGAAAGUGGUCUGUGGUAUUGACUCUUCCAUGAUCCUCACCUCACCAGGCAGGGUCCUGGCCUGUGGAAGUAACAGGUUCAACAAGCUAGGCUUGGACCACCUAUCCCUGGAUGAGGAACCUGUUCCUCAUCAGCAAGUGGAGGAGGCCCUGAGCUUUACACCACUGGGCUCUGCACCUCUGGACCAGGAGCCCCUGUUGUGUGUGGACCUUGGCACUGCUCAUUCAGCUGCUGUGACUGCUUCUGGAGACUGCUAUACUUUUGGCAGCAAUCAACACGGACAAUUGGGUACCAGUUCCCGCCGGGUCAGCAGGGCACCCUGUCGGGUCCGGGGUCUAGAGGGCAUCAAGAUGGUGAUGGUGGCCUGCGGGGAUGCCUUCACCGUAGCCAUUGGAGCAGAGGGGGAAGUGUAUUCUUGGGGCAAAGGAGCCCGAGGUCGCCUGGGAAGGAGGGAUGAGGAUGCUGGCCUCCCUAGGCCAGUACAGCUGGAUGAGACUCAUCCUUACAUGGUGACUUCAGUGUCCUGCUGCCAUGGGAACACUCUUCUGGCUGUUCGAUGUGAGUUUUCUUUUCCUAGCUCACCCACACCACUAGGGUGAACCCGACUCCCCUCUAUUCCCUACUCCAUCUUCCAUAGUUAUAACCCAAAUUACCCAUCCAAAGCAAUCUUCUGCCCCCAGAAAAAUGAGAGCAGAACCUGUGGGAAAUGUGGAGGGGACGUGGUGUGUAGAGCCAGGGCUGCCUCAGUGGCUCUCCACACCUCAUGUGAAUUCUUGCUUCUAAUACUUCCUGGAUCCAGUUGAUAUGAAAACUCCCCUUUCUGGCCCCAGGGCCCAAUGAAAUCAAAGGGAGCUGAUGCUUGCUAUAGGCAUUGCCUCCAGAGAGGCUGCAGUAGCUUCUCUUUCAUACUCUCCAGCAGUCACAGAUGAACCAGUUCCCCCCUGAGGCACCAGAAUAAUCGGAGAGACCACCCCUAAGUGUUCUGAAAAACGCAGAUGCCGGAGGAAUGACUGUCUUCAGCGUCCUGGAUUGUGUUAUCAAUGGGGUAGAAAGGCCAGUUGAAGUCUACUCUGUUUCCCCAAGUCCCUGACCCCAAAUAUCUCCAGGCUCCAGUCUGGCAGGAGUCAAAAGAAGGAUGGCCUUCAAAGCCUUUGCUAAAAGUGCACCUUCCCCCAAAGCCCCCAGCCCAGUUAGAAAGUAAGUCCCUGAGAGUGUCCUCUUGGAGACUGGUGCCAUGCUUUGGAAUAGGGCAAGCCAGGGCUUGUUUGGACUGGCCACUAGGCCAGUCUAAUCUCUGCACAGCUUGCAGCUGAUAGGUUGGAGGGAGUCCCCUUUUCCGUCUUAUCCUGAGGCAAGGGUUUGCACAAGCCCUGAGAGGGCACCCGUCCCCACACACACACCUCCCAGGGAGGGAGUGCUGGAGCUGUGUUUUGUUUGCUGAGGAGAGAUACUGCUGAAGGCUGCCCUCAGCCCAGGCCCUUCCCCGGACCUAGAUUGCUGAGAAAGGUAGCAGCUCAAACCAGAUCAAUUUCUCAAAGGUUUCAAAGUAUCACCAAUAAAAAUAUCAAAUGCC